AUGUCCUUCGAGCAAGAUCGUCGUAGUAUCUACGAGCGACGCCGGAACAUUCUCUACCUAAUGGCCAACUACCUUGGCUCGAUGGGUCUACAUCAAACCCGCCAGGCACUGGUCGACGAAACGCACCUAACGGCCGAGUUUGAGGUGUGCGACAACAUCGAUCUCGACACCAUCUAUCAGGACUUUUGCAGUUAUUUCUUGCUCAAAUUUGGCAAACAGCCACGGAUCGUCAAGCGUACCGAGUCCAACGGUUCACUGCCUGCGGUGCCACUUCAGGCGCGAAAGUAUUCCGGAGCUCGCCGUAAGCCCGCACCGAACGGCGGUAAAGCCGAAGGCAAAGAUUCACUGCUGGCUCUUACCCACGGUGAUGAGUUACAAUCACUUCGAAUAACGCCCGGUGUGGUCUCCCAAGUCGCUGAACCAGGGCACGACGCACCCCCCACCGUUCCGUUUGCAAAUCCAAAGCUACUCGUGCGGCUACAGGAUCACUUCACCAGCGAGUGGAAAGACCUGGCGGAGGAAGUGUGUCGCGACCUGAUCCGCAAAGAUCUUCGUCAGCGCUGGCAGCACGUGAAAGGUCUCGGGGGGCCCAUCAAGGUGCUGAAGGAGAGUGUGAUCGCACCGCUGGAGCACCCGGAGCUGUUCGUCGGGUUGGCCCAACCGUGGCGUUGCGUUCUACUGCACGGCGCACCCGGGACCGGAAAAACUCUCCUCGCCCGGACGCUCUGCUCGGAGACUCGCGAAUCGGUCACCUUCUUCAGUACGACAGCCAGCACACUGAUAUCGAAGUGGCGUGGUGAGUCGGAAAAGCUUAUCCGUGUGCUAUACGAGGUGGCCAGAUUCUACGCACCGUCCAUCAUUUUCGUCGACGAGUUUGAUAGUCUGGCAUCGCGGCGCGAUACGAUCCGCGAGCACGAGGCUUCGAAGCGGUUCAAAAACGAAUUCUUGGCCCUUAUCGAUGGUCUCGAGGGCGGGGACAGCGGUGUCAGUGCGACAGCGGACGGUCGCGACAGGGUAUUUUUGCUGGCCAGCACCAACCUCCCGUGGGAGAUUGAUCCGGCGUUUCUGCGUCGCUUUGAGCGUAAAAUUUUAGUAGACCUGCCUGAGGCCGACGGGCGCAAGGAACUGAUCGAACACCUGCUGCCCACGGUACGAUCGUGGCCGGAGCAGGAAAUCCAGCAAAUCCUGUCGUUGUCGACUGGUUGGACCGGCGACGAAGUACGGUUGGCCUGCAAGGAGGCUUCGAUGAUGUUACUGAGGGAGAAAAUGAGUGAUUCCCGGCAGCCGUCAGUGAAGGCCGCGGUCGAUCCGGAGGAACUGCACUUUCCGAUGCUCCGCAAAGCGUUCGAACAGUUGCGCCCGGGUUGUGUGGAACUGGCCCAGAAGCAUCGCGACUGGAAUGAGCGCUACGGAACACAGCUUAUCGAUUGA